CCUCAAGUCUUGCGAGGACUCCGUGGUCCUGGGAGCUGCACAUCCAUCGUGUUUUUCUAGCCCUGUAUCUGAUUAUGCCCAGUGCCUUCUGCCUGUCUGGUUGGUUCGCGGAAUGCUGAGCCGGUGGACGCAAUCAUCAGCACACGCGGUCAAUAAGCCGCCAGUCUCAUGAGUAAAUAGUUUGGGUGUCGAUCGUCAUGGCUUCAUCUUCUGGUGGUACAGGCUCGAGCUUGGCCCGCGCAGUGGUCAUCGUGUCCGGUGUAUCUUCUCUAGUAGCUUCUCUACUAUCCCUCCUGUCCAUAUGGCUUCAAACCAAAAACUAUCGAAAACCCCUACUCCAACGAUAUGUCGUUCGCAUUCUAUUGAUGGUGCCCAUAUAUGCGGCCGCUUCGUGGACGAGUAUCGUUUCGUUAAAAGCAUCUCUGUGGCUGGAUCCAAUACGGGAUGUUUAUGAGGCCUUCACGAUCUAUACGUUUUUUCAGUUACUUAUCAACUUUCUUGGAGGCGAAAGAGCCUUGAUUAUUAUGACCCAUGGCCGUGCUCCCGUCCAGCAUGCUUGGCCUUUAAACCACUGCCUCCCCAAAGUCGACAUCUCCGACCCGCAGACGUUUUUGGCCGUCAAGCGCGGCAUCCUUCAAUACACAUGGCUGAAACCGAUUUUGGCUACAAUCAGUAUCAUCAUGAAAGCGACCGAUACCUACCAGGAGGGCUAUUUGGGUCUCACGUCGGGAUACCUCUGGACGGGGAUCGUGUAUAACGUCAGCGUGACAGUCAGUCUCUACUCAUUAGCAAUGUUCUGGGUCUGCCUGCACAACGACCUCGCCCCGUUUCGUCCGGUCCCUAAGUUUCUCUGUGUAAAACUUAUCAUCUUUGCCUCGUAUUGGCAGGGGUUCUUCUUGUCGAUUCUGCAGUGGCUAGGAGCGUUGACCAACGGCGUUGCGGGCUACACUCCCGACAACCUAGCUGCCGCUAUCCAAGACACCCUGAUCUGCUUUGAGAUGCCCAUCUUCGCCAUGACCCAUUGGUAUGCUUUCUCCUGGCACGACUAUGCGGACCCCACCAUCUCCGCCGCCCGACUGCCCGUUGUCUAUGCUCUUCGAGAUGCCUUUGGCAUUAAAGAUCUCAUCGAAGACACGAAGAUGACUCUGCGGGGCGAAAAUUACGAAUAUCGCCUAUUCGACUCGGGCGAUCAUAUCAUUGCGCACGAAGAAUCCGAGUCUCGUCUUCGGCGUGUGAUGCAUGGCAUGCGGUACGAGCGUGGAGGAAAGGCGAAGUACUGGAUUCCUAAACCGGGCCAGGUGAACAGCCGGACUCCCUUGCUUUCAAGCACCGACACCAGCUCGCGCGGGCGACGCGGUACUCUGGAGCGGUACCGCUCUCCUGGUGAAAUCGAGGAGUUUGAAAUCGAUGAAGAUGAUGAGGGAAUCUUCACUCAAGCCCGCGCGCUGGAAUUUGGCGACUGGAAUUACCCGGUAAUCACGGCGAACGAGGCCCCGAGAGACCAACGGUUUGGGGGCGCUGCCAGUUAUCAAUAUGGCCAGCCACCGGACGUUGUCAAGAAGGCCCGCAAACACCGGAAGGUCCACACUUCAAGCGAGUCCAAGAAGACGCGCCACCGCAGUCACAGUAACAAUUCGAGCCGGUCUCGUCAAGAUUCUCUCCGAAGCCCCGGCUCGCGACCACCCGCCACGAGUUCGCCCUCUCAUGGUUCCCACCGCAGUCAGUUGGUGGACCUUGUAGUAGAGGACCAGGAAGCCGAAGCAGAGGAGCAGGCUCAUGUCCAGCGAGCCUUUGGUUCGACAACCAUUGAACCUGAACACAAACACCUCCGGUUAGUAGAUUCUGCAGUCGCACAAGAAACGUCGGAUUCCCAAUCGCUCCAGUUAACCUUAAAUUCCAGAAGGCCCUCAGGGGAACCAAUUAGGGACGAUGCGCCGUCAGGGGCGGCGGAGACGGAGGACAAUGCGGAUGGCGAUGAGCCCAAAACACGAACAUGGUCAUAUGGAGACCUGGAGGAAAACGUCUGGGACCGAUGAAAGCCCGUGCACAAAUAGCAGCGCUUUGGUCACUGUCUCGAGAGACAUGUUAUAAAUAGUUUUCUUUCUUGUCAGAGACCGUCACUGUCGAGGGCCCACGACGACAGGUGGUUGGUCGCGCGCACAUACAUAAUGCCGAUGAUAAUUGUUCCUCCG